UGCAAUUGGUGAGCCUGAAUGCAAGGAGUGGAACAAUCGACACAUCAAGUCCUUCGCCGCGCUUAGCACCGGAAAAUCUGGCAGAGUCAGGUAGGGCUCCGUGGAAUAGGCAGCAGACAUGUAGGCUGUCAGGAUUAAUGAUCUAUUUCUUUCUUGGGAGGCGUUCAACUUCAGCUCAAGCCCGAGCUCCGCAAGCUUGUACAAGAGCGUGGCAGAAUACACCACGAGAGACAUAGGAAUCGUCAUGGCAAAGACACGACACGAGAAUGUCAACUGGCUGUUGGAUCUCCAUCACGAUAUUCCUAUUCGACCUUUUAUCUAUUCUGUCGAGUCUUCUAUCGAGCCUGGUUGUUUGGCUCCACAAUCAAGGAGAGGCAGAGAAGUUGCUCCAUACUUGUCAUAUAUUAUCGACAACUACGAUUCUCUGCCGGAAUUCUCUAUCUUCAUCCACCUCUAAAGACGAACAGUGGCACAAUGACGUUCUUGGGCAAAAGGCAGCAGAUACGCUCAAGGCUCUUCGAUUCGACCAUAUCAACGCUGUCGGCUUUGUCAAUCUACGCUGUACUCUAUUUCCUGGAUGUCCGGUGGGUAUAAACCCUCUGGACCCUACCGAGGCCGAUAUUCGGAACAAAGAUGCUAGGGCUUUCUUUGCAGGGAUAUACAUGGAGCUGCUCAAUAUAUCCCGCGAGCAGGUCCCACGUCACAUCGGCAAUGUCUGCUGCGCGCAAUUCGCUGUCACGAGAGCGCGAAUCCAGACACGGCCAAAGUCUGACUAUGAGAGGAUGCUCAAAUGGGCCGAUCAGAGUCAGGAGGUCGACUUCGGGGUGGGCUGGGUGUUUGAGAAGUUAUGGGACAUCAUAUUCGGCAUGGAUGCGAUCAAUUGUCCUAACUACGAGCAGUGUCGCUGCGAUUUGUAUGGCUGGUGCGGACCUUUGGCAUCUGGCGAAGUCUUGAUACCUAAAUAUACUUAAGGAUAGAAAGUUCUCGCUGCUCUUUCAGCAAGACAUUCAUCCCAUGCGCUGCUCGAAGGUGAAGGCUUCGUGCCGAACACGUUGCUGCAUGAGAUGACAUAUCUAUGUGAAGAAAGUCACUCCCACCAACGUGCAGUCUCAUGGAGUGGUUCGGAUUGAAUAUGUUUGCUCGCUGUGAUAGCCUUUCACUGAUACUUUGAGGAGGGGCGAUGGAAUCUUGGGGUGGCAAGUAUGUACAGUAGUCAGCAUCGAAUCUGCUACAUUAGAUUGCAUCAGACCUUAUUUCCAUUUCACGA